UAAAAAAAAUAAGACCUGUCAUUUUGACAUUUCAAGGUUAGAUUUUUCGAUAUGGAAACAACGCGAUAUCUUAAUCACUCAAAAAUUUACAAAACAAUGUGACUUAAAUAAUAUUUAAUCUAAAGCUCAAUGCAAACAAACACACAGUACAUAUCCAACAAUGGGUUAGACAUGUCUCAGUUAGCCGACAAAUAUUUAUUUAUAAAAAAAGUAGUAAAAGCAACAAAGUUAUAAAAAAAUAUAUAAUGUAAACAAUGCGUUCUAAAUGUCUGCUAUUAUUUCUACUUUGUUUAGUAGGAGUAACAAUAUUGUUUAUAACCAUCAGUAAUCAGCAUCCCGCGAUACAAAAUUUAGUCACCGAAACGCAUAAACAAUUACGAAGCUUCCAGGAAAAUUUAAAAGACGUUGAAGAAAAACGUCUUGUAACAGAUUCAAAAUAUUUAGCGCUUUUAGGACUCGACAAACAAACGUCAUCAGGCGCAACCAUAACAGUACCAAGUACACAAAAUGUUACAAUCGUAACAUUACUGAGACCUGGAAAUGAGCUCAAUUUCUACGGUUUUUUAAAAAAUGUAACUCAUUUUUUGCCAAAUAAUAAUAUUGUUAUUUACGCCGUCAGUUUAACUGACGACGCAUUACAAAAUUUACGCGGUUAUUGCAACUCUACAAAAUGCAAUAUUUUGACAUUUGAUUUGAAUCCUUUUCCAAAUCAUAUUGAAGAUGAUCGAUUACAUGCCUAUCGGCCUCUAGUCAUACAGACAGCAUUAAAUACUCUAGGCAAUAUCUUAUAUAUGGACUCAAAUAUUCGUAUAAAUAAUACUGAAGUAGUUAAAUAUUUAUUACCAAAGUAUGGAAUACUUACGUGGCCAACAAAUCACGCAAUUAGUACAUUAACGCACCCGAAAAUGUAUGAGUACUUUCAUUCAAAUGCUGAAAGUUAUUUCUUCCUACCGUUGAUUCAUGCGUCGCACAUUAUUAUUAAAAAUAGUUACGAUAUUAGGGAAAACAUUAUGCUGCCUUGGGUGCAGUGUGCACUCACCCGGGAUUGCAUUAGUCCUAUAGGAGCUCAAUCAGUAGGAUGUCGAUUCAAUAAAAAGCCACAAUAUCGUUAUUCAGGCUGCCACUCAUACGACACGUCGGCACUGAAUAUCGUUCUUGGUCGUUAUUUUAAUUUUGACGAAUCGCGUUACAUUAGUCAAGAACGCGAGUCUUGUUUUGUUGAAAUAAAACCUUCUGAAAUAACUGACGAGUACUUGUCAAUUACUCGGCAAAAUAAUACCACCGAAAUAAACCAGAAAAAUAUCGCUAUCAUCGACCCAUAACUUUAUUUAUAAAAAAAACCCAUGAUAUUUAAAAAAAAGCCAAUUAAAUAAUUAAAUAAAUUAAUUACAAUUAAUAA